GCGACCCUUAAUCCGUACAGCGCAUGCGUAAAUCGACGAGUCCUCGGUCACUGUGAGCACUGUAGGUGAAGCGGUCUCGGAAGAGGCGUACAGUCAAAAUGCAGACCUGGAACCAUCUAUACCGCGCACUUGCCACGCGAGGUCAGCACCUCCCCAACAAGCUGCAUGGAGCCACAGUCUUGUCUGUGAGAACAUAUGCUGACAUAUCACCAAUUGAUGCUGAUGUCACAGUUGUGGGCUCUGGGCCGGGGGGAUACGUCGCCGCCAUCAAAGCAGCUCAGCUUGGCUUUAAGACAGUAUGUGUGGAAAAGAACGUGACCCUCGGGGGGACGUGCUUGAACGUGGGCUGCAUCCCGUCAAAGGCUCUGCUGAACAACUCGUACCUGUAUCACUUGGCACACGGGAAAGAUUUAGAAAGCAGAGGCAUUGAAAUUCAAGGCAUCUCGUUGAAUCUGGAGAAGAUGAUGGCACAGAAGAGUGGGGCUGUCAAAGCUCUGACAGGAGGAAUCGCACACUUAUUUAAACAGAACAAAGUAACUCACGUCAACGGUUUUGGACUGAUAACUGGCAAGAAUCAAGUAACCGCAAAGACUGCGGAUGGAGAACAAGUCAUAAACACCAAGAACAUCCUCAUCGCUACUGGAUCAGAGGUCACCCCCUUCCCAGGCAUUGAGAUCGAUGAAGACACUAUUGUCUCGUCCACCGGCGCUUUGUCCCUCCAGAAGGUUCCUGAGGAGCUGAUCGUGAUCGGAGCUGGAGUCAUCGGCGUCGAGUUGGGGUCCGUGUGGCAGAGGCUGGGUGCCAAAGUCACAGCGGUGGAGUUCCUCGGCCACGUCGGUGGAAUGGGCAUCGACAUGGAGAUCUCCAAGAACUUCCAGCGAAUUCUCCAGAAGCAGGGGUUGAAGUUCAAACUGAGCACUAAGGUCAUGGGUGCCACCAGGAGACCUGACGGCAAGAUCGAUGUGGCUGUGGAAGCUGCAGCCGGCGGCAAGAGCGAGACGCUCACCUGUGACGUUCUGCUGGUGUGCAUCGGCCGUCGUCCCUUCACCAGUAACCUCGGCCUUGAGACUGUCGGUAUCGAACUGGAUAACCGCGGGAGAAUCCCUGUCAACGGCCGCUUCCAGACCAAAGUGCCCAAUAUCCAUGCCAUCGGAGAUGUUGUAGCUGGACCCAUGUUGGCCCAUAAAGCAGAAGAUGAAGGCAUCAUUUGUGUCGAGGGAAUGGCAGGAGGAGCCGUCCAUAUCGACUACAACUGUGUGCCCUCCGUUAUAUACACACACCCUGAGGUCGCCUGGGUCGGCAAGACUGAGGAACAGCUCAAAGAGGAAGGCGUGCCGUAUAAGAUAGGCAAAUUCCCCUUCGCAGCCAACAGCAGAGCUAAGACGAAUGCUGAUACAGACGGACUGGUAAAGAUCCUCAGCCACAAGGACACAGACAGGAUGCUGGGAGCGCACAUUCUGGGAUCGGGGGCAGGAGAGAUGAUUAACGAGGCUGCAUUAGCUAUGGAGUAUGGAGCAUCAUGUGAGGAUGUUGCAAGAGUGUGUCACGCUCACCCAACUGUAUCAGAGGCCUUCAGAGAAGCUAACCUUGCUGCUUCGUUUGGAAAAGCUAUCAACUUCUAGAUUUUCUUCACAUACACUUGUAUAUAAUUAAAGUAUCUGCUGCAGUUUUUUUUUUUUUUUUUUUUUUCAAACAGAUCUGGAGUUCUUCAGUCUCUGAGCUUUCAGAUGUUAGCUUGCAUACAUCCAGAACAACCCUGUAAAACACUUAGUCUGUUAUUUAAAGGUCCUAAUUAAAGAGUUUGGGUCUUAUGUUGAACUUCGCCUGACUAAGAAUAUGAUUUGGAUUUUAUAAAUCAGUGUUGAUUACUGUUGGGUUAUAUGUAACACAUUUCAUACUGUUGGUCAUAAAUAGUCUCCUGAACAUCAAAGUAAUAAUUUUGACGGUGGGGAAAAUUGACUUUGGCUGUACUGAAACACCCAGGAGAUGAAUAAAGAAGAACACCAUUA